CGUUCCGUCGGAAUUGGCGGGUUGCUGGAGCGUUCGCGUAGCGUUACCUUUUGUCUGACCAUCCACAGAACCUCGCUAAAACAAUAGCAAACUCUUUCUCCAGUCGACAGAUUUCAAACGGUCGUCGACACUUAAAGCCGGUGUAGCUGCACUGAACCACCUAAUUCGGUGUUAUUUCGUCUUUAAUUCAGUAAUUCACAGCACUGUUGACGUUGACAAGGAACCGGAAGGUUCCGCAGAGCCUCCACCCCAUCGACGAGCAUGAGCGAACCUGCAGACACAGCUAGUGAUGCUCCCAGCGUCACCGCAGACAGCAAGCUGGCGGCCACCGCUGGGAAGAAGCAGAACAAGAAGAAGGUGGAGGAGGUGGUAGAAGAGGAGGAGGAAGAAUAUGUGGUGGAGAAGGUUCUGGACAGACGGGUGGUGAAGGGCAGAGUGGAGUACCUUCUCAAGUGGAAGGGCUUCUCAGAUGAAGACAACACAUGGGAACCAGAGGACAACCUGGACUGUCCUGAUCUCAUUGCAGAGUACCUGCAAAAACAAAAACCAGUUGACAAGAAAGAUACCACUGGAAAGAGGAAAGGAGAAUCAGACACAGAUGGUGGAGAAGACAGCCGGCCCAAAAAGAGGAAAGAUGAGCAAGACAAGCCGAGGGGCUUUGCACGGGGAUUAGAACCAGAACGCAUCAUUGGAGCCACAGAUUCCAGCGGCGAACUCAUGUUUCUAAUGAAAUGGAAAAAUUCUGACGAGGCAGAUCUCGUUCCAGCCAAGGAGGCCAAUGUGAAGUGCCCGCAGGUGGUCAUCUCAUUCUAUGAAGAGCGACUAACAUGGCACUCUUACCCUUCUGAGGAAGAAGAGAAGAAGGAUGAUAAGAACUAGGCCUGUGAGGGAGAACAAGAAAGAGAGGUGGCAAGUCAGGAGCGCUGUUAGACUAGUUGGGGUGGGGGGGCAUUUGGGACGUGGGGAAACAGACACCCAAAAAAAACUCUUUUACUCUCAAUGCCAUAAAACUUGGACUCAAGAUAUUUUCAGAGCAAGAUAUGCAGACGUGGAGUCAUCAUUAGCGGGCAAAAGUGAAUGUUAGUCAAUACCGACCACCGUAAGAAACACAGGAUUACUGUAUUUCCUCUUUGCUUCUCUUUCUGUUGGAUUAUGGGAAAUGGGGUGUCUAUAUGCUGCAGUAGGUGCUCCGUAGUCAUUCCCGGCUGAUUAAAAGGUGGUCAGCGUCUGAUGAGGUACAUACUAAAUACGUCAGAUCCUCUUACCUUCUAUAUUUUUCUGAUAUUGAGAUAUAAAGGACAUUUUAGUCUAAAUCGGAACGCGUCACUGUGUAAUACGCUGCCGUAAGUUAAAACACAGCAAGUACACAACUCUUAAAACUGAAAAGAAAAACAUUUUGAGUGCAUUAAUUUGAUAUCGAUGUGUACUCUGUUGUUCAAAACUCAGUUUUGACUGUGUAGUUACUGUGUUUUGUCUUUGUGAGGUGGUAUGGCCUAAUUUUUCAAGCCUUCUUUUUCUUUUCCAUCUCAUUUGUUGAGACUUCACGUAAGUCAUUUGUUGUGUAAAUGCAUUUGUCAAAACUGUUGUCACCUUAUUAGAGAGCAAAUUGCUGAGAGUUGCAGUCUUGCUGUUUUAGCAGUAUUUGUAUUCACCAUGUAUACAGUAUUUUCAUCUUUUAUCCGUUCACCAUUUGAGGGUAUAUGUUGCGUAUAGAUACAUAUAUUCACAAGGAGGGUUUUUGUUUGUUUGUUUGUUUUUUGAUAAUUAUUUCUAGUCCGUUUAGUCAACUGCAUUUCCCGUAAUCUCAUAUAAACCUUUUUAUUUUUAACUAUUAGAUGUCAGUGUGUUUUAUCAGUUGCAUUACUGUGUGAAGUGGAAAUGUGCUCUUUAGAUUCCAGCUUUUCAGACUGAUCUUUCACGUUUUAUAAGAAAACAUCAAUGUAAAGUUUGAUGCUUUGCUGUUUUGCCCUCUUUUUCAGCAGUGCUCAAGGAGUAGAAUGUACUACACAGCUUUGAGGCAUCUUUUUAUCAUAAAUGUAUGUAAAUGUGUAGUGAAGGUGAGAAAUCUUGCUAACAUUAUCAUGCUACAGAUCAGGUCUUUUAGUACCACCUUUGCACCAGCAUAAACGUGUUAGUACUGACAAUAUGUUAGAGUUUUAAAAUGUUAUCAAUAUCAAAAAGUUUUUAAACUGGGUAAAAUAGUGCUUGGAUCACUGGAUAACUUUCGUAAAGUACGGUAUUGAUAGUGACAUACACUUCUGCAUACCGAAGGAGCCUGAAGUACUUUUAGUUGUACACAAUCAGUAAUGUGACUGUGUUAUAUUCCUUUCUGACUGUCUGUUUUUUUUUUUAUUGUUGUUUUUUUUUUUGUAAGUGUACUGUUCAAAGCAUGUUACUUUUUCAUUUUCACAUUUUCAAGGGGAAAUGUUUAUGUUCAUUAAAAUAAACCUUUUUUAUUAAUUGUUUUA